AUGACUCUCACGUUGGAAUCAUUACCGAAUGAAGUAUGGUUGAUUAUUUUCAGUUAUUUACCUUCACGGCAUACUUGGCGAGCUUUUUUCGGU